CAAUGUCCUUGUUUUGUGUUGUUGUGCUUCGGGCCGCUAGAGCGCGUGGACUUUGCUGUUAUAUGUAACAGCGUUUUCUUCAUACUGUGCCAAAUAUCACGAGCCUAGAAGCCAUCAUGUAAAACCACGGACCCGUUUGUUUGCUUUGUUCAAGCAAGUGUUAUUUUACCGCUCGUUCCUUUCAAAUGGUUGUACAAGAAACAUUGAUUCAAAGGCCAAGGGUACAACGGCAAGAGCCAAUCCGUAAUUAACCAGUAAAGAAGACUUGCUUUAGUUAGUUUUUUUUUUUAUUUGAAAUUGAGAAUCUGAGAAUUUUGCAAGGACAAUGAGAACUCUAAUGUUAUCGAGAUCGUGGCUGGAUGGCGGAGGAUUUCGUUUGCUGUAUUCUGCGAAGCCGGGCCAUUUGCGAUGUGGAUUAUCGAGUAUGUCUAUGUAUGGGUCACAGACUCAAGUUUGGAGCCAUGUUAAACAAAACACUUUGGACGAAUACGCCUCAAAGUCAUCCAUUCGUUUGACACCCUAUCAGAUGCUAUACGCUGGCAAAUUCAAAGAUGGAACCCAUUUGUUGAAAAGUGCUCAAUACCUACAUAAAGAACUGCCUAUCAGGAUAGCAAGACGCUUGAAGGACUUUCAGCAGUUACCGUACAUCAUUCUCUCCAACCCCUCAAUUCAUGACACAUAUGAGCUCUACCUGCGAGCUUUCACAUCGCUGACAAAAUACCCAAAGAUUGAUAACCUGGAAAGUGAAGAGCGCUUCAGUCACCUCGUCAAAAACUUGCUUGACAACCAUCAGCAUGUUGUCACAAAUUUGGCUGAAGGUUUCCAAGAAUGCAAACAGCAUGUCUCAUAUGAGACCAUGGGCAAUUUUCUGGACCGCACCUUGAAGUCUAGACUUGGAAUCAGAAUGCUUGCCGAGCAUCACUUGGCACUCAGAUUUGAGAAGCCAAAUUACAUUGGUAUAAUCUGCACACAACUGAGCCUGAAACAGGUCAUUGAGAGAUCGUCUGAUUUUGCCAGACAAAUUUGUGAGCAUCUGUACGGUGUUGCACCUGGAGUAAUAGUGAAUGGUCAUACCAAGGCAAUGUUCCCAUACAUCCCUUCCCCCCUAGAGUACAUCUUGCAGGAACUUAUCAAGAAUGCGAUGAGAGCAAGUGUUGAAUACCAUGGAAAACAGUUGAUGGAAGUCCCUAACAUCGUAGUGACAACAUGCACCAACGAUACAGACUUCUAUGUCAGGAUAUCUGACAGAGGAGGUGGAAUACCCGAAAAUAAGCUCAAAGAUAUCUUUAAGUACUCCUUUACCACCAUGGGAGACCGCAGUCAGAUCCGGCCCUCUGACGGCCUGGGUGUGUUUGACGACAUCUGCCAAGGUCACCCUAACAACUCCCCAAGUGGUGGUCCCAUGGCUGGCUGGGGCUUUGGUCUACCAACAUCUCGCGCUUAUUCCACAUAUCUGGGUGGCUCCCUCCAAGUACAGACGAUGGAAGGGUUAGGCACUGAUGUGUACCUAAGAUUAAGGCACAUCACAGGGAACCAAGAGAGCUUCCGUAUUUAGCUCGUAGUUAGACGUUAUAGAUAUAAAUAGCUGCUAUUGUACAUACUGGAAAUAUAGAGAAUGAAAGGAGAGCAGUACGCUCCCUUCCAUGGCAUGCAAACAUAUCAAAAAUCUCUACGCAAAGUCAGAGUAAGAAUUAAAUAAACCCUUCCGUCCUUCCUUUGUAAAAUACAGCUUUUAGUUUAAAAUGGUUGUAUACUUAAGAUUUGCAUUUUAUCAGCUAUUAGAGUGGUUUUUAUUUAACCGUGAAAAAGUUUCUGGAAUUGAAACACAAUAAAGAGUAAUAAGCUAGAGUGUAGUACACGGGUUAAUGAAAAUGACUAAUGCCGAGCGUUAGUGACUUGAUUUACUAUUUAAUUACAUUUUCUUAUAGACUAAUAAAAAAUAUGAGAAUAUAUCCAAGAGGGGGAAUACCUGGUAUAAUAAACAUGAUCAAUUAUUUUCAUAUUUUACAGCUUAUGCUAAAAUGUGAAAAAGGAUUUUGGUUAUAUAUAAGACAUUUCAUGUAAUCAAAAUUAAGAAAGAAGAAAAUUAUUGCCUGAAAAGGUUAUUGAACAACCAAUUCAGUGUAGAUUGCCAAAUACAAAAUAAAACAACUUUAUUAUA